CCUUCAUCUGACAGCUCACUGCUCCUGUUAAGCAAGCUUCAAUUGCUGAGCCGUGCUUUCUGCUGCUUGCUGUUGCUGCAUGAAUACCUUGUGUGGCACGACAACUAUGUGCUAUCCUUGUGAGUCCAGGCUGCCCGCACUAAAGGUGCCCACGGUACCUAGCAGGCCAGUGCCCACUGGGCCCCAGUACUUCACUUUUGAUCCUCUCCCAGAAGUCAAGAAGAGUCCAGCUCACAGGAACCUCUCAAAGACAAACAGGAUCAAGAAGAAAUCCCGGAGAGUUCUUUAUCCCCGAGUGGUGAAACGCUACUAUCCCACUGAGGAGCCCAACUACACCAAACGCCUUCUCUUCAUCCUUCUCACCAUCAUCUUCUUCCAAGUCUACAGUGCUGAAGAAGACUUCCCUCUCAUGGAAGCCUCCCUGAGUGCAGAGGAAAACAUCUCCGGUUGCUCUACAGAGGUGAAGGAAUCCCCGGGUGAGAUCCUCCUUCUGCAGCAGCCUAUCACUUCAGCACUCUCCUUGGAAAUCACAGAGGCAGCCAAUGCCACUGGCUGGAACUGGGGAGAUGAGGAGGCAUCCGCAUCUGCCGUUGACAUCACCCAGUUUUUGGAGCAGAGCCCAGCUGCUUUCUGAAGAUCCCCAAGGGAACAGAACUGUGAAAGGAGCUUAGGCUGGAGUGUAACAUCUGGGCUUAGAAAAAGCAGGACUCAAGCCAUGAAUGGAACCCAGCCAGCUCCUUCCAGCACUCUGGAGUGAUUUUGCUCCAAGCCCAGCAAGGCUGACGUCAAAGAAACUUGAACCAACACUACAGCUUCAAGAGGAAGGGGACAUUUUCUGUUUCUGCAGCAGAUCAGAUAUCUGGCAAGCAGUGUGAAGGAUGUUAAUUUAAUAUUUAUUAUUAUUAUUAUUAAUGAUGAUGAUGUAUAAUUUAAUAUGUGUAAUUUAAUAUGUAUAAUUUAAACUGACAAUUUAAAUUUGUGUGUGAAACUGGGAGUUUGCACUGGAAAUGCUGGCUUACAUGUUGGACUAAAAUAAACAACUUGUAAUGUCUGUCUUUCUCUGUGGUGGGACAUAAUUAUAUUAGAGCCUAUUGGAAAUAUAUUAAAAUCUCUAAUGUGGAAAAUUACCUGUAGAUUUGCUAAAGCAAGAUCUAUUUUGUAGUCUAUACUUUUUUGGAGGGACAGUAUUUUGAUGAAGAUUAAAGUAUGUUGAGGAAGCCCUGAAAUUGGAGGAUGGUGCUAUGAUGCUCUUAGCUGGUUUGGUGGGGAAAUUAUUUGUGUGACUGCAGCUAGGAGAGUACAGAAGUAUUGACAGGCAAAUCAAGAACAACUUGCCAUUUCUGGAGCUGAUGGAAAAGACAAACUACAGUAUUUCUGGUUCCUUGAUAAAGAACACAAUGCAAAAGGGAGGUAAAAACAUUUUAGGAGACUUCUCAAGUGAAAUUGUUUUUAAUUAAAAAAAAUAAUUAAAGCCUCUUUCUUCUGCUUCAGAUAUUAGCCAGCAGCAUCCCUUGCUGUAAUGUUUGCUUACUGUGUAAGCAUGCGCUCUCUCUCAAAAGCAGUGACCAGAUCCACACCAGCAGUUCUGAAACUGGAGUUAAUUUCUUUUGUGAAUUGCACUUUACAUUGUCUACACUAUUGCAGGCGAAUUGUCUGAACUCUGUAUGUUCUGUGAACAAAAAUGAAUAAAUGUUUUACACGA